CAGAUUGGUAAUGGAACCAUCAAAGGAAUAUGUAUUUAAAUACAAAGGGUUUUAUUUUGGUCAAGUGACUACACCUGAGUAUGUAGCUUCCCUGGAGGAUUUUGAAAUCAAUGAUAGUGACAUAUUUUUAGUUACUUACCCAAAAUCAGGAACUGUGUGGACGCAGAACAUUUUGAGCUUAAUACUUCAUGAAGGCCAUCGGGAUGGAACAGAAAAUAAGCAGAUCAUGGAAAGAAUCCCGUGGCUGGAAUAUAUGAGCGACGUGAAUUAUGAAGAUCUUCCUUUGCCUCGUGUUUUUGCCACCCACUUGCCUUACUACUUAGUUCCAAGAGACCUGAGAAAUAGAAGAGGCUCUAUUAUUUAUGUUACCAGGAACCCUAAGGAUGUUAUGGUUUCUUACUACCACUUCUCUAAAUUCAUGACCGCACUAGAGGAAAUACCAGAUUUUAAUGCUUUUAUGGAGAGAUUUUUAGCUGGCAAAGUACUUGCAAGUUCGUGGAUGGAUCAUGUUGCAGGCUGGUACAGUCAUGCAAAGGAUUUCAAUAUACUCUUCCUUACCUAUGAAGAAAUGAAAAAGGAUCUCAGAAGUGCUGUGCUGAAGAUCUGUGACUUCAUCGGCAAGAAGUUGAGUGAAGAGGAAGUAGACAGUGUUGUGAAACAGGCUACGUUUGAGAACAUGAAGAAAGAUCCCAGAGCAAACUAUGAGAACCUGCCAGAUGACAUAACAGCAAAAGACAAGGGCAGUUUUCUACGAAAAGGCACUGUUGGAGACUGGAAAAACAUGAUGACAGUGGCACAAAGUGAGAGGUUUGACAAAGUUCUGGAAGAAAAAAUGAAGACCCUGCCCAUCAAAUUUAUCUGGGAUAUUAAUGAACUGUAGGCUCAUUUUGAGUUUCUUCAGCCUUUGAUGCUUAUCUUGGAUUUUGUGGAAGGAGAAAAUAUGUCCAUUUUCAGCUAUGGCAUAGAAAUAAUAAUGAUGACACCUCAGGCACAAAAUGUGAGUUGUCUGAGGAAGCCAUAAAA